GCUGUUCGUCCCGGCCCGCGCCGGGGCCGCCCCGACGGCCGCAUGACCGCCGAAAGCCGGCUGCCACCGGGCCCCCCGCCGCCACCGCCGCUGAAGGCGGACGCGGCGCCGUCCGGGGAGGAGGCGGCGGCGGCGGCGGCGGCGGGGGCGCGGGGCGGGCGGCGGCGGCGCAAGCGUCCGGCGGAGCGGGGCAAGCCGCCCUACAGCUACAUCGCGCUCAUCGCCAUGGCCAUCGGGCAGGCGCCCGAGCGGCGGCUCACGCUGGGCGGCAUCUACCGCUUCAUCACCGAGCGCUUCCCCUUCUACCGCGACAGCCCGCGCAAGUGGCAGAACAGCAUCCGCCACAACCUCACCCUCAACGACUGCUUCGUCAAGGUGCCGCGGGAACCCGGCCGCCCCGGCAAGGGCAACUACUGGACGCUCGACCCGCACGCCCGAGACAUGUUCGAGAGCGGCAGCUUCCUUCGCCGCAGGAAGCGCUUCAAACGCAGCGACCUCUCCACCUACCCGGCCUUCCUCGCCGAGCGCCCCGCCGCGCCCUGCCGCCUGUUCCCGCCGCCCGCCGAGCUGGCCCCGGCCCCCGCCGCCCCGUCCUGCGCCUUCGCCGCCGCCUGCCCCGCGCAGGGCUGCUCCGGCGCCGCGCUGCCCCACGGCUACGGCCCGCUGCCCGCCGCCCCCGGGCCCUACGCGCCGCCGCCCGGCGCGGGGCCUCUGUACGCGCCCCCGGGGCGCUUCGUGCUGCCCGCCUCGCCGCCCGCCCCCGCCGGGCUGUACGGCCGCCGCUCGCCCGCGCCCUACGCGCCGCUGCCCCACGCCUACGGUGCCGGCGGGCAGGUGGGCGCAGCCGACCCCGGGCUGCGGCAGAGCGCCUUCCCCGGCGGCCCCGACAGGUUCGUCCCCGCGCUCUGACCCGCGGCCCCGCCCGACGGCGCGCACCGGGCGGAGGCGGAGGACGCCGCGCUCGGAGCCGCGGGGGCGCGGAGAGCCCCGCCGCCGUCGGGCCGGGUGAAGGAGCCCCCCCCGGUGCCGCCCGCUUUCCGCGGGCAGGGGCGCAGAGCUCUCCGCCGCCCUCCCCGCUCCCUCCCGGUGCCGAUGCCUGGGACUCUCGGAAGACGCCGCUGGAAAAAAAAAAAAACAACUCUGCUGUUCGUGACUUUGCUCGCAGAGUGAAACGCCUGCCGGGCUCGGGCAGGAGGGAGGCAGGAGGAUGCCCUCUCCGGUCCCAUCGAGCCGGAGCCGUGCAGGUGUGGUAUGUGGUGCUGGCGGUGGUGCGUCGCUGAUGUCACACUGCUGCCGCAUCGGUGCUGUGCCGUACACCAGCGACACAGCCAGGACUGGGAAAGGUUCGGGGAUGCAGCUGAGCCCAGUGGCACGCUGCGUGCUGCAGGAGGUGGGGAGGACUCUGGGGCUCAAAGCGGGGAGUUCUGCCGGCAGCCCCUGGAAAUGAGAGAGACCGAGUGGGGCUGUGGGGUCUCCACCCUCAGAGAUCUUCUCGACUUGAUCGGACAAAGCCCAGGGAUUCUCAUCUGGCUUUAGAGUGGGAUCCAGCACUGAAUUUGGACCAUGGGGGUUUGGGACAGAGAUCUGCAUGGAGGGUUCUCUCAUCCUCACUCAAAUCCUAGAGUCAGCCCAGCUCUGCCCAUAGCCUAGGGAGGACAGCAUCUCCUCCAGAAGUGAGAGAGGCAGGGAUGAUGUCUUCUGAUCUUUGCUUGCACAUCUUCUGUUUCAAGCUCUUCCCUUCCUUUUUCUCUGGAAAAGUGAGAAGAAAACAUGGAGGGGGGCUUUAAAAUCUAUCCAUGAGAGGCAAAGGCUUUAAGAUAGAUCCAUGGAGAAACCCAAGACAGAUCACUCCAGACAGAUCCCACCACCUCUGGAAGGGGACAGGGAAGCCCAGAAAUGAGCAGGACUCGCUCAGGGGCUGUGAGCACGGGUGUAGCCCUGCUACUGCAAGGAUCCUGUACAGCUCCUUGUGCUGUGGAAGUGGGAGGCUGUGUGAGUGGGGCAGAAGAAGAAGGCUGGUGUGUGGGUCGUAGAAAUUGGUGGAGCUCUGAGUGGGGAGUUGAGUGUGAAGCACAGCAGGAGCCUCAGCAGGAGCGCUGGGAGAGGAGAGGGUGCACAUCAGUCUCUCAGCAUGGGUGCAGACUGCAGUGGGACUCAGGUGGGAGGCUGGAAGUUGGGAAGUUUCUGUUCCAGCCUCAUGCUCAAAGCGGUCAGCCAGGAGUAAGACCGGGUUCUCAGGGCUCUCCUGCAAAGUCUAGACAGUGGAGACAGCAGAGUGGGCAACUUGACUGUCCUCUGGGGGGAGUUUCUCCUAUACACUCAGCACCUCUCUAGUCUCACUGUAUGCCUCUUGUCCUGCUGCUGUACACUGCUGCAGAGAGCUCACAUCCCCUGAGGACAGCUGAGCCUUCAGCUCCAUGGAGGACUUUUCAGGUGAGGUCUCCUCAGUGGUGUGAAAUUUGGAUAGAGGGAAGUUCCUUGCCUUCACUGGGUGCCAGAGCCCAGGUAUCCAGGUGGAGCACGAGAGGGAGAAAAUAGAGCACGAAGGUGGAAGGGUGUCCCCAGUGCUCGGUGCAAGCUCUCUGUGAUAAGCAGGGAGGAGAAGCUGCGGGACAGCCUUCCCUGAAGACAGAAGACAAGCACUGGACUUGGGGCAUGCUUUCCUCAGAGGAUGGCGUGUGGUGGUUGAGCCACCUGUGGGCUGGCCCAGAGCUGCUGUCCUGGCCUAGGUGAUGUGUGAGCCUGCUUGGGCCCUCCUGCACCAUUGUUCCUGAGGAGCAGCACCGCCUCUUUCCAUGUCCUUCCCAGUCCCAGUGUGCCCAGGGACUGCUGCCAUCGCAAGUGGGGUCCUGCUGCAGCUUCCCAGCUCUGCUCCCAGCUGACCCCCUCUCAACUGCAGGAGGAGCCUGCAAGCCACCAAGGGCUGAGUGCUGGCUGUUUGGAGGCGUCCCUUGGGCCUGCAGGGUGUGAGCUGGGUCCCUUCACUCACCAGACUGUGUUUCAUCGGCUUUGUUGGAGCAGGGCAGAGCCUUGCUUCUGAGGGAGCUGCAGCUGAGCGGUGUGCCUGGGCUCUCCACGUGCCUGUUCUGCCUGCAGGUGGUGGCUGUGCACGUGUGUGCACAGGUGUGAGUGCUGAGGUGUGGGUGCAGGUGUGCACUGCUGCAUGUGUCUGCUUCACAGCUCACUGUGGACUGCAUGUCUGUGUGCACACAUGGGUGCAUCUUCUGUACAAAGUGCCUUUCUAGCAUCAGUGCUUUGCACCAGUGCUGAGCAGGGACAGAAGGUUCAGGGCUCGCCAGUCCUCAGCCACCUCACCCUGGCCUUACUGGAGGCACAGGGACACUUUUGUUAGUGUAGGGGUUUUUUUUUGUUUUAUUUUUGGUGGGAAACCGUCUCUUCAGCCUUCCUCUGGCAGCAGCUACCUUCAGUUGCCUUUACUGUCAGCUGCUUCGCCUCUUACCGGGGGAUGAGGACUGCACCAGAGAGCGUUUUGCCUUGUGUAAGCUCCUCCUGACCUCAGAUAGCAUCUCACAAAGGUUCAAGAGCAAAACUCAGUGUCUAGAGGACAUGCACGAUAGACCUUCAUGACUCAUGAGGUACAAAUUGGGUAGGUUCAGCCAUGCACUGUUAGCUGAUAAGAUCUAGGUGCUUGUUCUUUUUUUCUCUCCAAAUCAUUUCUGCCCACAAACGAGGGAAACCAGACACCUGGGAAGCAUACUUCCUGCAGCGAAUGUGGUUAACAUUGCACCAUGGGCCUGGGCACGGGGCCACACACCUCCUGGGCAGGAUCUGUGCUCAGCAAGGAGCUACACGGCCCCUGUGUGGGACUCUGCACAGGGGCUGCAAGGAAAUGGGGAUAUGCCACAUCUGUGGGGAAAUGGGGAUACGUCACAUUGGACCAUGGGAUGUCAAUGCGUGCUAACUGAUGCUUUGCUUGUAAUUCUCAGAAUUAGGGAACUUUCUAUUUCUGGAAACGCGACUGUAAAUAUUGCAGGGCUUUCCUUGCAGCGAAGUUAGUCUAAGAUUCAAAGUAGCCUUUGAUCUUUGGGAGAUGAGUGCAGCAGGUUGCGGUGGGCAUUUGCAGAAGGACAGAGCAGUGCAGCGCCUGCUCCACGUGGGGUGUGGGGCAGGCACACCUUGCCUUGCCUGCAGGAAAGCUGUUGAUAAGCGUAGGGGAAAAAAAUUAAGUACGUAUUAGAGAUAUAUUUCUUUUGUAUCUACUCUUCUACUUCACUAGUAAUGGAAAUAAAUCUUUGUCCUUUUGUUUGUAA